AUGUCAUUUAAUCCAGAAGAAUUUACUGAUAAAACAAAUACAAUUUUGUUAAGAACUCAAGAAUUGGCAAGAGAAAAAUCAAAUGUACAAUUAGCACCAAUACAUUUGGCUGUUACAUUAUUAAAUGAUGAAGAUAAUUUAGCAAAAUCUAUAUUUGAAAAAGCUGGUGGAGAUGUACCAAAAAUUGAUGCUGGUUUUAAAAGAUUAUUAGCCAAACAACCUGUUCAAAAUCCAGUACCACCUGAAAUUUCUCCAAAUUCAUUAUUUUUACAAGUUUUAAGAUCAGCAGCACGUCAUCAAAAGAAUAAUGGUGAUUCUCAUUUAGCAGUUGACCAUUUAAUAUUGGGAUUAUUGGAUGAUAGAGAUAUAUUAUCAGUAUUGGGAGAUGCUGGUGCAACCAAAGAACAAGUUAUACAAGCAGUUAAAGAGAUUAGAGGAAAUAAAAAGAUUACAAGUAAAACUGCAGAAUCUACCUAUGAAGCAUUAUCAAAAUAUGGUUAUGAUUUGGUUUCACAAGCACAAGAGGGUAAAUUAGAUCCUGUAAUUGGUAGAGAUGAAGAGAUUCGUCGUGUUAUUAGAGUACUUUCCAGAAGAACCAAAAACAAUCCAGUUUUGAUUGGUGAACCUGGUGUUGGUAAAACUGCAGUUGUUGAAGGUUUAGCACAACGUAUUGUACGUGGUGAUAUUCCUGAUAAUUUGAAUGCACGUGUUAUAGCAUUGGAUAUGGGUGCAUUAAUUGCCGGUGCAAAGUAUCGUGGUGAUUUUGAAGAACGUUUAAAAGCUGUACUUAAAGAAGUUAAAGAUUCAAAUGGUGGUAUCAUUUUAUUCAUUGAUGAAAUCCAUUUGGUAUUGGGUGCUGGUAAAACCGAUGGUGCAAUGGAUGCUGCAAACUUAUUGAAACCAAUGUUGGCAAGAGGUGAACUUCGUUGUAUUGGUGCUACAACAUUGGAUGAAUAUCGUCAAUACGUCGAAAAGGAUCCAGCAUUUGAACGUCGUUUCCAACAAGUGUUUGUAAAUGAACCAACAGUAAAUGAUACCAUUUCAAUUCUUCGUGGUCUUAAAGAGCGUUAUGAAACUCAUCAUGGUGUUAGAAUUACCGAUAACGCUUUAGUGGUUGCUGCUCAAUUGUCUCAUCGUUACAUUACCAAUCGUUUCCUUCCUGAUAAAGCAAUCGAUUUGGUUGAUGAAGCUUGUGCCAAUACUAGAGUUCAAUUAAAUUCUCAACCAGAGGCAAUUGAUAAUCUUGAACGUCGUAGACUUCAAUUGGAGGUUGAAUCGGCUGCACUUGAAAAAGAAGAAGAUGAUGCUUCAAAACAAAGAUUAAAAGCUGUUCAAGAGGAACUCAAUCAAAUCAAGGAUGAACUUCAACCACUCGAAGCAAAAUAUCAAAAAGAAAGAUCAAGAGUCGAUAAAAUUCGAGAACUUAGAAAGAAGCUCGAAGAUAUUAAAGUUAAACUUUCAGAUGCUGAAAGAAGAUAUGAUACCUCUGCUGCCGCUGAUUAUCGUUACUUUGUAAUUCCAGAUUUAGAGAAACAAAUUGAAGUUUGUGAUAAAGAAAGAAAGGAAAAUAAAAAGGAUGCAAUGGUUAGUGAAGUUGUAACACCGGAACAAAUUGCUGAUGUUGUCUCACGUUGGACUGGUAUUCCAGUAAGUAAAUUAAGUCAAACAGAGAAACAACGUCUCUUAUCAUUGGCUGAUCAUCUUCAUAAUAGAGUCGUUGGUCAAGAUGAAGCUGUAGAUGCAGUUGCCGAUGCUGUAUUACGUAGUAAGAGUGGUUUGGCAAGAGAGAAUCAACCAUUGGGAUCUUUCUUAUUCUUGGGUCCAACUGGUGUUGGUAAAACUGAAUUGGCAAAAGCAUUGGCAUUGGAAUUGUUUGAUGAUGAAUCUCAUAUGGUUAGAAUUGAUAUGAGUGAAUAUAUGGAACAACAUUCGGUUUCUCGUUUAAUUGGUGCUCCACCAGGUUAUGUAGGUUAUGAUCAAGGUGGUCAAUUAACUGAAGCCGUCAGAAGAAGACCAUACAGUGUAGUAUUGUUUGAUGAAGUUGAAAAAGCUCAUCAACAAGUUUGGAAUGUUCUCUUACAAGUAUUGGAUGAAGGUCGUCUUACCGAUGGUCAAGGUAGAACCGUAGAUUUCUCAAAUGUUGUUAUCAUUAUGACCUCAAAUUUAGGUAGUCAAUACAUCCUUGGUGAACAAGCAAACAAAGAAGGUGGUAACAACUCUUUAUCACAAGCUUGUAAAGAUAAAGUCAUUGAUGAAGUUAGAAAACAUUUCCGUCCAGAGUUUUUAAAUCGUCUCGAUGAUAUAAUUGUCUUUACUCCAUUGAGUAAAGAAAACCUUCAUAGUAUUAUUACUCUUCAAUUAAGAUCCGUCGAAAAGAGAUUAGAAGAUCAAAAUAUGUCUUUAAAGAUUUCAAACGAUGCUUUAGAUUCAAUUAUCAAUGCUGCAUAUGAUCCAAUCUUUGGUGGUAGACCAUUGAAACGUUACAUUGAAAAGAAUAUUGUCACUGAACUUAGUAAACUCAUCCUUGGUGGUAAAUUAAAAGAAAAUCAAGGUGUUGUUGUCAAUGAAAAAGAUCAUCAUCUCAACUUUGAUAUUAUAGAUUUAAAACAACAACAACAACGUCCAGCUUCUCCAACCAAAAAACAAAAAACUAUUAAAUAA